UCCUUGAUAGUUGGAGUAACAAGACAAGAGAGGAUCUGCCUCUAAUUUCAAUGUAAUCCUGUCUAUCGCACAGUCGGCCGACAUGGCGACCAUGAAGAAGCUUCUCGCUGGAGAAACCAGCAUCUGAACUCAAUUUGGUUCCACAGAAGCAGCUUGAACUGCGUCUGGAAGUGGAUAUAAAAUAUUUUGUCAAUUGGGAAAUAUACACGGGAAUUGUCCACAGUUUUAAGACGGGGCUGGAUGGUAGCAGGACAGAGCACCAUGGUGGAGCCCAAGCCCAGAGCAUCAGCAGCCCAGCGUCUUGAAGCCCAGGAGACUCUGGGUAUCAGCACCCUGGACCCUGGCCACAGGCCGCCCACCAUGCCCCCCGGACGCCAUGUCACCAUCAAGGUCCGCAUGUUGGACGACACAGAGGAGGUCUUUGACAUCUCACAAAGAGCCUCAGGCAAGGUUUUGUUUGACCUGGUGUGUACCCACCUGAACCUCGUUGAGGGAGACUACUUCGGCCUAGAAUACCAAGACCACAAGAUGAUAGUUUGGUUAGACCUCCUAAAGCCUAUUGUCAAGCAACUGAGACGGCCCAAGCACGUAGUCCUGAGAUUUGUGGUGAAGUUCUUCCCCCCAGACCACGCCCAGCUACUGGAGGAAUUGACCAGGUACCUCUUCGCCCUGCAGAUCAAGCAUGACCUUGCCUGUGGACGUCUGACCUGCAACGACAGUAGCGCGGCCCUGCUGGUCUCCCAUAUUAUCCAGUCUGAGAUUGGGGACUUUGAGGAGAGUCAGAGUCGGCAGCACCUCCUCAACAACAGCUACAUUCCUGACCAGAUGGCUCUGAUGGACAAGAUCAUGGAGUUUCACUCCAAUAAUGGGGGUCAGACGCCAGCAGAGUCGGACUACCAGCUGCUGGAGGUGGUACGCAGACUGGAGCUGUACGGGGUUAGACUACACCCUGCCAAAGACCGCGAGGGCAGCAAGCUGAGCCUGGCCGUGGCGCACACUGGUGUCCUGGUCUUUCAGGGACACACCAAGAUCAAUGCCUUCAACUGGUCCAACGUGCGCAAAUUAAGCUUCAAGAGAAAGCGUUUUCUCAUCAAGCUCAGACCAGACCUGAACCAGAGCUCAUACCAGGACACUCUGGAGUUCCUGAUGGGUAGCCGAGACUGCUGUAAAGUCUUCUGGAAGAUCUGUGUGGAAUACCAUGCCUUCUUCAGCCUCUUUGAGGAGCCCAAAGCAAGGCCCAAGCCGGUCCUCUUCACCCGAGGCUCCUCCUUCAGAUUCAGCGGUCGGACACAGAAGCAGGUGAUUGAUUAUGUGAAGGACUCUGAGUUUAAGAAGAUCCCGUUUGAAAGGAAACACAGUAGGGUCCAGCACAGCAGAAGCCGUCCAUCUCCGCUGUCUUUCCCUCACGCACCUCAAGUGCCAAAAGAAAGUGUGAGCGGUGCUCCAGGAGACAGAGCGGAGGUGGACUCUCCGCCCCACCGUCACUGGAAGGAGUCUGUGAACGCUGAGGACCCUUCAGCCCUGCGGAUCAGAGGCAGCCCUUCCAUCCAGAGGAACGUGGGACACGGCGAGGACAGGCCAGGUCCUGGGGCAGAACCAGGCCCAGCCAGGCAGCCCCACCCAGACCAUCUGAACACAGGGGUGGUGUCCAACAGCCCUCAUCUCUCCGCCUCCUCCGUUAACUCCCAGGGCAUUGUCAACGGUCAGAAGCCGGUCGAACUCUGUGGUCACAGUCCGGACAUUCGGCAGCCCUCUCCCCUCACCAGUCCCUUGCUCAACGACGCCGGCAGUGUGCGCACCGACGAUGAAGACGAGGUUCGAAGGAAGAGGUUCCCUACCGACAAGGCCUACUUUAUCGCCAAGGAGCUGCUGACCACAGAGAGGACCUAUCUGAAGGACCUGGAGGUGGUGACUGUGUCUUUUCAGGACUCGGUGGGUAAAGACGAAGCCGUGCCGGACUCCCUGAAGAGCACCAUCUUCACCAACUUUGCCCCUCUGUACAGGUUUCAGUCCGUCUUCCUCAGAGAGGUGGAGCAGAGACUGGCUCUAUGGGAAGGGUGCUCCAAUGCCCACAUCAAAGGAGACUACCAGCGCAUCGGGGAUGUCAUGCUGAAGCACCUACAGGGACUGAAGCCACUGACAGCCCACCUCCAGAAGCACUCGGAGGCCCUGGUGGAGCUGGAGAAAGCAUGCCGGGGUUCCCCGCGGCUGGAGGUGCUGGUCCGGGACUUUGAGCUGCAGAAGGUGUGCUACAUCCCCCUCAACGUGUUCAUCCUCCGGCCCCUGCACCGCCUCAUGCAUUACAAGCAGAUCCUGGAGCGCCUCUGCAAACACUACCCGCCUGCACAUGUGGACUUCAGGGACUGCAGAGCUGCACUGGCAGAUGUGUCAGAGGUGGUGUCCCAGCUCCAUGGAAGCAUGAUCAAGAUGGAGAACUUCCAGAAGCUGCUGGAGCUUAUGAAGGAUUUGAUUGGCAUCGACAAUCUAGUCACUCCAGGGCGGGAGUUCCUAAGGUUAGGCUGUCUCAGUAAGCUGUCUGGAAAAGGCCUCCAGCAACGAAUGUUCUUCCUGUUCAAUGAUGUCCUGUUGUAUACGAGUCGAGGGAUGACGGCAACGAACCAGUUCAAAGUGCACGGGCAGCUCCCUCUCUAUGGCAUGACAAUCCGGGAGAGCGAGGAUGAGUGGGGUGUGCCUCACGCAUUCACCCUGGUUGGGCAGCGCCAGUCAGUAGUGGUAGCAGCAAGUUCACUGUCAGAGAUGGAGAAGUGGAUGGAGGACAUUAAUAUGGCCAUUAUCCUGGCAGAGAGCAUCAACGGUCCUACGUCUGACUGGCUGGCCAGCAGUCUGACAGAUAACAAAUCCCUAACAGAGGACUCCUGUGCAGAGGCGGAGUCUGAGGACGACCUGAUGGCGUCGCGCACCUCCCUGGAGAGGCAGGCCCCUCACCGUGGUAACACCACGGUACACGUGUGCUGGCACAGGAACACCAGUGUCUCCAUGGUGGACUUUAGCAUAGCCGUGGAGAAUCAGCUGUCAGGAAACCUGCUGAGGAAGUUCAAGAACAGCAACGGCUGGCAGAAACUCUGGGUGGUCUUCACCAACUUCAGCCUGUUCUUCUACAAAACCCACGAGGAUGACUAUCCACUGGCCAGUCUCCCCCUGUUGGGGUACUCUGUCACCAUCCCCACUGAGUCUGAAAACAUCCACAAAGACUACGUCUUCAAACUGCAUUUCAAAUCCCACGUCUACUACUUCAGAUCUGAGAGCGAGUACAACUUUGACAGGUGGAUGGAGGUCAUUCGCAGCGCCACAGUCUCUGCCAGCCAUAACUGCAUUCUGAGCCGGAAAGAGUCCCAUCCGUACUGACCAAAAGAGCAGGGGGGUUCUGUCCCUGUCUCCCCGUGCCUCUUCUCCUCACCACAACCUCCCCAUAGGGUCUGGCCACAUACAGCCUCUCUUCACACUACAACUCCCUCAAGCAGCAAGCUGGCACCACACAUUCACUUGUCUGGAAUCUGUUGAUUUCCUUUUCUCCAUGGAUCUGGGACGUGUGUACAUUGAGCAGUGUCCAAUGCACAAUCUUGGUGCUUAUUGAUGCGGUGACAUGUCCGCUGGUUUAGACUGCAAACAGAGACAGACAUUUUCAGCAUUUUUUUUAAUACUCUGCUCUGAAUCUCUCUUUUUUUUGUAGGAUGUCAUUUUAUACUGUUUUCUAACGGAGCACAUACUAUACUUCUGUUUUCACAUUCUGUCAUUGGAUCGUUUUAUGGUGGAAACUGAUUCUGCGGUUGUUGUUGUUUUUUAAACCUGUUUUUCAUUUAGGAUAUCACUGCAUCGUCAAGGUCUUUUGUCUCCUUGUUCAUUUCAUGGGGGGAAAACGAAACAAAAAAAGCUGUUUUGAAAUACAACAGCUUGAGUGUCAAAACAGGUCUACCAUUGUCCUAGAUUUUACACUGCAAAUGUCAAAACAGGUCUACCAUUGUCCUAGAUUUUACACUGCAAAUGUCAAAACAGGUCUACCAUUGUCCUAGAUUUUACACUGCAAAUGUCAAAACAGGUCUACCAUUGUCCUAGAUUUUACACUGCAAAUGUCAAAACAGGUCUAACAUUUUCCUAGAUUUUACACUGCAAAUGUCAAAACAGGUCUACCAUUGUCCUAGAUUUUACACUGCAAAUGUCAAAACAGGUCUACCAUUGUCCUAGAUUUUACACUGCAAAUGUCAAAACAGGUCUACCAUUGUCCUAGAUUUUACACUGCAAAUGUCAAAACAGGUCUACCAUUGUCCUAGAUUUUACACUGCACUUAUAUUAUGUCAGUGGGGAGGAGACUUAAAAUGUGUCGUUAAACAGGCCACAUUAAAAUACUUUUUUUUAAAAUAUAAAUAUAUAUCAAUAUAAGAUGUCUCUGGAGAAUGUGAGUAACCUUGUGAAAACAUGGAUGAUCAGUAAAGAUAUCCAAAUAUGUAGUUGUACUAUUGACAUAACUCUAAAACUACUUUGAAAACGAUCAGGUUAGUUACCAUCACCACUAACGCCAUUAUUCGCCAAGCAUAGUGAAUAUUUCUCUUACAUGAGGAUCUUUGUCGUGUGGAUACCGCUGAGGGUUUUCUGAAUAAUAUUAUAUUCCACCCUUAAUAGUGUGAGACAUGAUCACAAUCUGUGUAUAAUGAAGGACACUGUAAUGGAAGGCUUUAAAGAAUAUGCGUGAACAAGAAUAUCAACUUUCAGUUCCAAGCACCAUUGCCCUUGUUGGACUAGGCUGCCCAUAUGUAAGAGACAUUUACGAAUUGAAAUGAAAUGGAUAUAUGCAUAUGACAGACAGGGUUUAUGAAGUGUAGCAUUCCAGAGGGUAUUGAGGGUGUGCUGCCAGACAACAGAGAGAGCUCUGAAAGCAAUAAAAAAAAACAUUUAUUUGAA